GUUCUCCAUUCUGUGCUGUGUGUCAGCUCUAGAGGAGAGCGAGGGACAGACGCGGGAGGGAGGGAGGAAGGUGGAGAGCAGCACAGUCUGAGCCCCGAACAAAAGCAGGACACCGAGCUGUGUGGAACUUCCCUGCCCGGUACACACCCCACCCUCCCGGGCAGCGCCGGAGCUCCUCGCCAGGACCAGCCCCGCACCCCUCGCCCUGUGUUGGACUUGCCCGGAUCGCAUUGCCCUGGGAUUUAAAAGGAGGGACCAACAAAGGCGAAAAGGGGGGGUGGGAGCAGAACAAUAAGAGUUUCCCUGUGCGCUGCCAGCAGCGCGAGGGGCUGCAGAGCGCACGGGGCGCAGGGCAGAGCGCUGCAGAGCACACAGACAUGGAUGAUCAGCCCAGGCUAAUGCACAGCCACCCCGGGGUGGGAAUGGCCGCUCACCCCAGCCUGUCCCAGCACAUGCAGGAUGGCCCUGGAGCCACCGAGGGGGAGGGGGGCAGGAAGCAGGACAUAGGGGAUAUAUUACAGCAGAUCAUGACCAUCACUGACCAGAGUCUGGAUGAAGCCCAGGCCAGAAAACACGCUCUAAACUGCCACAGGAUGAAGCCGGCCCUCUUCAAUGUUUUGUGUGAAAUUAAAGAGAAGACCGUACUCAGUAUCAGAGGAGCGCAAGAGGAGGAACCUGCAGAUCCCCAGCUAAUGCGGUUAGACAACAUGCUUUUGGCAGAAGGUGUUGCAGGUCCAGAAAAAGGAGGUGGAUCAGCAGCUGCAGCAGCAGCCGCAGCUGCAUCAGGUGGCGCUGGAUCAGACAACUCAGUUGAACAUUCCGAUUACAGAGCAAAACUCUCCCAAAUACGACAGAUCUACCAUACAGAGCUGGAGAAAUACGAGCAGGCCUGUAAUGAGUUCACCACCCAUGUGAUGAACCUGCUGCGAGAGCAGAGUCGGACUAGACCUAUCUCUCCCAAAGAGAUUGAACGUAUGGUGGGAAUCAUUCACAGAAAGUUCAGCUCUAUUCAGAUGCAACUCAAGCAAAGCACAUGUGAAGCAGUAAUGAUCCUGCGCUCCCGUUUCCUGGAUGCACGGCGGAAGAGAAGAAAUUUCAACAAGCAAGCUACAGAAAUUUUGAACGAAUAUUUCUAUUCUCACCUCAGCAACCCAUACCCCAGCGAGGAGGCCAAAGAGGAGCUAGCCAAAAAGUGCGGCAUCACGGUGUCACAGGUAUCAAACUGGUUCGGAAAUAAGCGAAUCCGCUACAAGAAGAACAUAGGUAAAUUUCAAGAGGAAGCCAAUAUUUAUGCUGCCAAAACAGCUGUGACUGCUACCAAUGUGUCAGUUCACGGAAGUCAAGCCAAUUCGCCCUCAACUCCCAGUUCUGCUGGAAGCAAACAGAUGGAACGCGGGGCUGUGCAACCACAAAACAAAAUGCAGUUCCUGUCACCACAGAACCUCGGUUCUUCCAGUUCUUUUAACAUGUCAAACUCUGGAGAUUUGUUCAUGAGCGUGCAGUCUCUCAAUGGGGAUUCUUACCAAGGUGCCCAGGUUGGAGCCAACGUACAGUCACAGGUGGAUACCCUUCGCCAUGUUAUCAGUCAGACAGGCGGAUACAGUGAGACUCUGACAGCGAAUCAGAUGUACAGUCCGCAGGGCAUCAGUGCUAAUGGGGGGUGGCAGGAUGCAGCUACCCCUUCGUCUGUGACUUCCCCUACGGAAGGACCCGGCAGUGUCCACUCCGAUACCUCCAACUGAGCAGCCGGCUCCUGUAUCUCCACUCUUGAAAGCCAGAUUCUACUCCUUCCCUCUCACUCCAGAUGGCCCCUGUGGAAAUGCAGGAAACAGAGCGACCUCUUGUGGCAUUACCCCUCAUUGCCUUCCCCAGCUCUCAAAGGAUCAUCAGACAUGCCCAUUCCACACUUCAGUUUUGUGCCUCCAUUGAAUAUUGAUUUUGUUCACACUCUGUAUGGAUUUUCUGGUUGUUUUUCUAUUUGGGGAGGGGCAGGUGGCUACUGAUGCUGUAGGUUGCAGAAUCAAAGUGGUGAUUUAAAAGUGGCUGCAUAUUUGCACGGAAGCAGCCAUCUUUAAAUAAGCUACAAAUUGUAAUGUGACAAAAUAUUCUAUGUCCAUCCCUAAAAUAAUAUUUUUUUACUUGCGUUUGGCCUCCUGCUGCCCCCCAACCAAAAUUGGGAAGAAUUCUCAUAUGAACAACCAUCUUUUAACAAAUUCUCCUAUGUCUAUUUAAUGCAUUUCUAUACAGAAUGGAGCCCUGGACUUUGCCCCUGCCUGUGCCCUAAGACCCCCUUAUGAAUGUUUUAAUCCAUCCUCCCUUCUAUUUUAUAAAACCUCGUGACAAUCUUCUGCUGUUAGCAGUGAGAAUAGCUGACUGCCAUGAAGAGAAACACUACUUUUGUUGCAAAAUUGAGAUGUGUUGGCUUAAUACACUAAAUGGAGGAUCUUCCUGCUAUGACCUGUAUACCUAGAGCAAAGCGUUUGCCUGGUUUCAUAUUUUUUUUUUUUUUUUUUUUCUCAUUAGCGUUGUGUGAAUCUUCUACAUUUCUGUCACAGAUAUAUUUGCAUUCCCUUCAUAGCACUUUGGCAUCAAAAGCGCCCACACACCGUUUUGAGUAUUGUAUUCACUGUAUCACCAACUUUCUCUUCAAGAGUUCACUCCGUCCGCAGAAAUUGCUCCGUCCAGUUUUAUAUUGUUCCAUCUUUCAUCUGGCCAUAUGUCUGGUCUCCUCUUACCAGGACAUAACCGCUACCCAUGCUAUGUUUUAGCCUGGCUUGGAACCUCCAGAAACACACAUUUAUUUCUUCAAAAAAAGAA